CAACUACGGGGGGGGGGGAGGAGGAAAGGAAGACAAAGGGGAGGGGUCAAAGGGGGAGAACAAACCAUUCCUAAAAAAGAAAAAAGGGAUGAAAAGGAAACUGGGGUGAAAGUUGGAGAGACCACAGAGGGGACAGAUGUAUUGUCUGGGGAGGAAGAGGAUGAGAAGGACAUGGGAAACGUAACAGACCACGGUGCAAAAGAAUUUGAGAAGGACAACAGGCGGAGAACAACCUUGGCAAGAAAUGCACCGCAACUUUGUCCAAACAGUUUCUUCUGCUCAGACCAUCAGAUCCAUGCCACAUACCCGAGACCCCCAACAGUGUCUAAUCCUCCUUCCCAUUUGAGGCCUCACAAUCAGGCCAGAGGACACCCCACAGUCCCUUUCUGGAUCUGCCCCACCAGGCUUCCAAACCUUUACCAUCAGCCAGACUGGAACCAGUCAGUGCCAGUCCGCUACAGGAAGACAAGAGGUGGGAGAACAAGGGCGGUUUCCAUGAAUCUAGACCUUGAGCUGUGCAGGAGUGAGGACAGAAUCCGAGGGUGUAGAGCAGAGAGGGUGGAGGUGAUCAGAGUCAUUGAGGGUACACCAGGUCAGCAUGGCUGUGUUGGGGUUCCUCAGGGAUCAAUUGUGGGUCCUGGGUCAAUUGAGCAAAAGGAUCCCCUCCCUCAUCUUGUCCAGGAUUCUCCCCGUCUCUCCUCCACUUCCUCUGGAUGGAUAGAUCAGAGCUCCCAGGGAUCUCAGGCUGUGGUCCUGAGGAGAUCGGCCCUGGGCCCACGGGACAAGACCAGAGCGUGGCGUCGUCACACGGUGGUUGUUUAACCUGACUGUCUCAUCUACCAAUGCAGUACCAAGUGCUUGCCCUUACUCACAAACACUGGAUCACCUGCUUCUAAAGCCAAGUGACCGUCAUAUUGCUCAAUACUCUUUCUUCAAUACUUUAUUUUUGGCACGGGACUUAAAGACAAGAUCUCAAAGGGAUUAUUUCCCAUUGUGAGCAGCUGUAGAGUUUCAUUCCAAAAUAAGAUAACUUCCAUUUGAUUUUUUUUUUUAAAUUAAUAUAGAAAUAACACUAUUCGACUACUUUUUAAGCUAUUUAUUUUUAAUCCUUUACUUAUCACCUUUAAACCUUUGCUUACUUUACCAAACACACACACAAUGGACAUGGCAAGUUGAGAUCCUGCUAUUUCUAUAUGAUCACGUUUCUCAGGUAAAACACCUAUGGGAUUCUGUGAUCUAUGACCCAUCAUCUGUUGUAGAUAUAGCCGGACCUUUAACUGCCGUUAUUUGGGCACAGUCACACCAGAAAUUGGCGCGGUGAAGUUAAUCGGUGAGUGCUUGUGCAAUAAGCGGUGUUAGAAGUUUGGUGAGAUAGUGUCUACUGGCAAGGGGUAUACUACCUUAGCUGGCAAGCUAACAAGCGAACAUGCAAACCACCCAGGGACACGCUAAUGUCAGUCAGUCACAAUAGAUCUCUGAGCUAGGUAGCAUGCUAAUCGACAGUUUACAGGACAAUGAGUUUACACAGUAUGUGGAGCAUUUUACUCCUGAAUCGAAGCUAAACUACCAUUGGUUCCACUGUUCUGGACCUCUCCAACCCACUAUUACCUUAAAGGUCAGUACUGUCAAGACAGGUUAUAUAUUCUCAGUGGUGCCAAUUCAAGUAUUAAGGUCUCAGUUCAUUUCACCCCAACAAGCGAAUCCAAUAAUCACGACUAUUACAAUUACCAUUAAGAUGAAUUGAUUUUGCCUUUACAGCAGUAUAACUGGAUACACUUUUCACCUGGAAGGGUUUCAUUCAAUAACCUUUCAUGUUCACAUAACAAAUCACUGUCUUUUAGAUGAAGAGAACAAAGCAGAGUGCAAAAUCUAGAACUGAAAACGAUACUGUGUUCCGCCAUGCAAACCUCAACACCAAAAAAGAGAAGUAGGGUCCAUUUCAGAGCAGAAGGCAGAAGAUCAUCCUAACUAAAGAGUGCUCCCCUUCCUUAAACCAUCAAAACAACAUGCUGAAUUGGCUGAAAAGUUAUGGCAAGAAAUCCAAGAAAACCUUUCAACCUAACAAGCAACAUUUAACCAUGUGAUUAUAUCUCUUUAAAAGAUUCUGAUCAAGUAGUUUGUUGAAAACUAGUGUAAUCAAUUUGCUAUUUUAGGUGGUGCCAAAAGUAAGUAAGUAAGACUUUCUCAAUCCUACACAUUGUGUGCGUUCCAUUUGUGCUCAGAAGUUCUAGUUCAUGAAUUUUUAAAAUUCGACUCGGAAUGUCUGAGAACGUCACAGUAACCCGAGCAAAGCCGACCACCAAAUCCAACAUGGUGAAACAAUAGCAGUAAAAGCUGAAGUAAUCGGUGGUCUCAUUUAUAAAUGUUGGCUCAAAACGGGGCUGGAAAUGGUUGGAAUUUGAAAAAACUAACCUGUCAGAAGAAUGUGUCCUCCACGCAAACUCUGACCAUACUGAUGAGCAUUCAUGAAGUGCUUUGACUAUUUCUGGUUACAAAUGGGCAUGUACAGGGCAGGGUAAGAUUUCUAAAAGGAACAUUGCUUAUUGUUUUAUAAAUCUGAAUGUUUUUUUGGCGUACGUACACGUUUAGUAAGGAUCCUACGCACAGUUUUAUAAAUGAGAGCCCAGGACUUUACGUUCACUUUUCUGAUCACCUUGGCCAGUAGAUUUUUAAGUUACUAGCCAAUCAGAUGGUCCGCUAGCCAAAAGUUUGUUUUUUGUGACUAACUUUUAUUUCAGCUCCUUGGGUUUGUUUCACACUGCUCUGUCUUCUUUGUUUCAGCGUAACUCGUAAUCAGUGCCAUGCGCUAGCCAAUGGUUGUAAAACAACCAUUGGCUAGCGCACUUUACAAUGGGAAAUGUAGGAUUAGAACAACAAGCACACAAAAAACCGACACAAUGUCACUUCUUUCUUAUUUGUGUCUCAAAUCAGCCGUACACUCAGUCCUGUCCAUCUUCUGUCUGUGGCCAUGUUGCCACAGUGUUAUCUGCACAAAAUACAGCACAAUGCCAUGCUGUUAACUGGUAUCGCUAACAAUGGCUAACCUGGCCAGAAUUGCGAUAGCAUCGAAAACGUAAACGCAGUCCAAAGCGUUACAGGUGUGUACAAGGCCAUUGGGUGUGAUCCGAGCAAGGACGCCGUAUGUAGGGGGUUACGGGUUUUUUUUGGAAUGAAACCUUAAAUUUGAAAAUUUAAAAGAGGAGUAAAAAAUGAGAGAAAGCCAUACCAGACCUUUGAAAUUUGACUCCAGAGCCGAGCUGCUAUGACAACUAACCUUCACCAGCGAAGACUUCUGGCGUACUGUGCUGUACCUGCUGGUGUCUUCCCCCUCUAGUUUUACGUAAUGAUGUCUUUGACAAUGCCCACGUUGCCAAACAUCACACAUGCACGCUUACCUACCAGCCCGAGUACAGCACAGGACACUAAUUCAGAGGAAUCCGCAUGGCAGAGAACUCCUCGGCCCUUUACAAGCUCUUCCAAAGCCUCCUGCGGAUCUAAAGGGGACGGCAACGAUCCGUGGUCGCAAAACAACUCCCUCUCUCUGGAUGGACUCUGGCAUUAUGCCAAUGCAUCUGUGGACUUAAACAAAUGCGUGCAUGGAUUCAGUGACGUAUAUAAAUAUGCAAACUAACUGUUCAACGCAAGCCUAUUGUGCUUCUCUGUGUCUAGUAUGCUAGGGGAGGAGGGCCUGAGCUCUGCAGAUACUAUUCCUGUUAUCUACUGCUAUUUCAUCAGAGGAGCUAAGUGUUUAAGGCAGCUACGCAAAGUCAUGCCAAAAUUUAAUUUGUUUUCUAGUUGGGUAAUUGUCCACAGUAAGGAGCCAAGAGACAACCUAUGAGAGCAGCAAGUCUCCCGUUUAUACAUUGUCAGUGUUGCUAAGAGUAUCGCCAUGGGAGCGGUUAAGUGUGUUAUUAACCUCCUUAAAUCCAAAACCACAGUCUUACCCGAGUGAUAUAUUUGCAUUUUUUGUCCUUUUCACAUGUUCAGUAUUUUUUGCUCCCAUUAACAAAACUUGUUUUGCUAAAUCU